GUCCAGUGUGAUCAGCGUGUACGUGCAGUCUCGGAUCGAUGCAAAUGUGAAGCCGGACAAGAAGCAACGCGGAGCCAUACAAAGCCUUGCCGGCGCUGACGUGUUGCAGUUGCUUCUGCGGCAGGUCGUCGAGCGUGCUUCGUUGGAUGGGGUGGUUAUCGAGUCUUUCUACCUGCAGCAGCAGAUCCAUUGGGAGAUCGAGAAACACCCAACUCCAAGUCGUCUUGCGCCACCUCAGAUGAUGAGAAAUCUCCACAGGCUCCUGUCUCGCAUGAGCUGGGAUCGUAUGAUCCAGUUUGUCCGGCAUUGCCCUGCUUGUCAAAGCAGCUUCCUGGACGAUGUGCAGGCAAGGUUGGUCUCUUUGCGACCAGGACAUUUGAGUGACCCCAGUGGUCUCAGACAUGCCAAGUCCGUAUGGCUAUAG